CACGACAGUGGCAAAUGGCCGAGAGGAAGGGGACGAGCGAGGAGGAGGGGCGGCAGUCCUCAAUCGGCACGGAGCCGCGGACACUGAAUGCACAGGAGAUGCAAAACGUCAAGGGGGCUGUGGAGGAUGCAUUCCAGUCGAGUGACACUCAAGAGAAAGCCAUGGCUGCGCUCUCCUCGUCGCAGCCUCCGCCUACUGCCCCUCGCUCGGCGCUUGAGGACAAGGGCGAGGUCAAGUGAUCCGAGCCGUACUACGUGGGCCGGAGGGAUUUAAGUAUAACUUAUCAGAGGGAUGGAUAGAUGGAUACAUCGCAAACAAAGAAAAGAAAAAAAGGAAAAUAUAGGUGGCUUAGCCUAGAUCAAAUGUGUUUGUUUUGGCUUGGUCAUUGCUGGGAGAGAGGGUGUGCGCGUCAUGGAUGUGUGAGUGAAUAGAAGAGGAGUGAAGGAAGAGGGAUGUCUUACUCUCGCUUCAAGAGGAUCCCAAGAUGAUGCGCCUCUUGAGAUGCUCCGCCCUUCAUACUGGACAAACCGCGGCCAAGGGGCAACGAGGACAAGGAGACGAGCAGCAGCGGCGGCGCACCAAGCUGCAAAAUGGGGCAGUCCAUGUCGAUCCUCAAUCCCAUCGACGAAAUCUUCCUCCAGCCCAGGAGCAGGACCCGGCAGCCCAGCAGCAGCGGGGGUUUGUCGUCUCUGCGCUCGCGCUUGCGUUCCCUCCUCUCGUCAAUGUUUAAGGAUGGACGCAGGAAUGCGCUGACUGAUGACGACCACCGUCGCACUCCUGCGCCAGACAAUAAUGACUACGAAAGAUUUGGCCCGUUUGGAUCGAGCUACGAGGAGGAGCUUGCGAGAGCCGUGCAAGAGAGCAUGGACUUGGACAGCCAAAGCAGAAGCAGGAGUGCUCCCAGCCCGAGCAAACAAAGAUAUAUAUGUGCUGGGUGCAACCAGGAGAUCGGACCGGGGCGCUUCCUCAGUUGUCUCGGUUCUGUGUGGCAUCCACAGUGCUUCCGCUGCAAAGCAUGCGGAGAUCCCAUAUCGGGUUCACAGUUUGCCUUGUCCGGGAGUGACCGCUACCACAAGGAGUGUUACAGGGAUUUGUAUCAUCCCAAGUGUGAAGUCUGCCACCAGUUUAUUCCACCGAAUUCCUCUGGCCUGAUAGAGUACCGCGCACAUCCUUUCUGGGGACAAAAGUAUUGCCCCUUGCAUGAAAAGGACUCCACCCCUCGAUGUUGCAGUUGUGAGCGAGUGGAGGCCCGAGACGCACGGUUUGUGAGCCUGGACGAUGGACGGAAGCUGUGCCUAGAAUGCUUAGAUUCGGCAGUCAUGGAUACGCACGAGUGCCAGCAUCUCUACCACGAAAUUCUGGAUUUCUACGAAGGAAUGAACAUGAAGAUCUCGCAGUCGAUACCGAUGCUUCUGGUGGAGCGACAAGCACUCAACGAAGCUCGUGAGCACGAACGAGACGGCUACCACCACUUGCCAGAAACAAGGGGCCUCUGCCUGUCGGAGGAGCAGACUGUUAGCACUGUAAGUAAGUCCGAAACCUCCAACCUCUGGAAAGUUUCUGAUGGUGCAGCGCUUCAGGUGUACAGAAAGCCAAAGGCUUCACGUAGCAAUCCAGUGGGCAGUAUGCGCAAGGAAUCACUCAGGCUCCGACGCCAGUGCGAAGUCACCGCUAUCCUUGUUCUGUACGGCCUUCCACGUCUGCUCACUGGCUCCAUCCUGGCUCACGAGCUCAUGCAUGCCUGGCUCCGGCUCAACGGCUAUCCGCACCAGUUGAAUCCAGCGGUGGAGGAGGGCAUUUGUCAAGUGAUGGCACACACUUGGCUCGAGUCGCAGAUCGGCAGUAGCGGCGGCAGCAGCAGCAGCUCGUCAGGUGGCAAGCAGAAGCCAAAGUCGAUCAACAACGAUCGUUUCCAGGAAUUCUUUCUCCACCAGAUUGCCAUGGACUCGUCACCGGCAUAUGGCGAUGGGUUCAGAGCAGGGCAUCAGUCGGUGGUGCAGUUUGGCCUGUCGAGAACGCUCGAGCACAUAAAGCUGACGGGCAGUUUUCCUGUGUGAAGAAAACACCAAACAAAACUCUUUUCUUCAUAUAUUCAGAAGGAGAAGCGACUCGGGUUUGCGUU